AUCCUAGUAUAGACAUCUAUCCCUCUUCUCUUGGCAUGUUUACACAGAAUGUACAGCCAAAACACAGAACAAAAAUCAUUUGGGGCUCCAACUAGUCCACGGAUCUCCUUCUCCAACAACUUGGUGGAAUUCAUUGCCAACAACAACGCUCGUUCUUCUUCCCAUCUUCAGAUGAUUAAGAACGAGAGGUACGCCGGCGCCGCCCCUGUAUCCUCGGACUUUGAAUUCUCAGUCGCCAAUUCCUCCCUCAUCAUGAGCGGCGCCGAUGAGCUCUUCUCUAAUGGAAGGCUUUUGCCGUUUAAACAACACGCCCAGAAGAACACUCUCAGAGACGAGCUGCUUGCCCAGGAUGAUGAAGAAGGUGAUGAUUUCUCUCUAAGGCCACCCAAAAGUUCUAACAAGUGGAAAGGACUUUUGGGGCUCAGAAAAUCCAAGAAAGUUGACAAGAAUGAGGAAAAGACUGAAGAGAUUCAUGGCACCAAGACUUCCCAGGAAACAUUGCAUGGUGGAGGAGCAAGCAUUGGUUUUAAAGGCUGAAUUUGAUGGGUUCUUACUUUAAUUUGGGUAGUAUCAGUGUUUUUACUAGCAAGUUUAGGUAAAAACAUUUUGAUCUUCAUCGGAUCAUGUUAGUGGUUAAUUGGUGUCAGAUUAGUAUGGUGGUGUAGUUCUUAAUUAAAGCUAUUGACCAUCCUUAAUUUCAUCAAAACCUUGUACUGCACUUGUUCAUUAUUGUAGAGAUUGUCUGAUCUUAAUUAUUGUCAUGUUAAUGCUCAUCCUAUCCCAGUUUAUGAAUUAUGAAAUUGUCUGA